AGUUUAUUUUAACAGUCGGUGCAGCGUGUAAUGAAGUAGCGGAUGGCGGCAUGGCGUCUUCCUAUUAUCAUGAAAUGCACGAGAAUUUCAAAAACAACAGCAAAAGUCGUGAGUUUCCAGCACAUAGUGCGAAAGUUCACUCUGUCGCCUGGAGCUGUGAUGGAAAAAGACUGGCUUCAGGUUCAUUCGACAAAACUGCCAGUGUUUUUGUCCUCGAAAAAGACCGCCUGGUGAAGGAGAAUAACUACAGAGGACAUGGAGACAGUGUUGAUCAGCUGUGUUGGCACCCAACCAACCCAGAUCUGUUCGUCACUGCAUCAGGAGACAAAACCAUCCGGAUCUGGGAUGUCCGAACUACUAAAUGCAUGGCCACGGUCAGCACGAAAGGAGAGAACAUCAACAUAUGUUGGAGUCCUGAUGGUCAGACAAUCGCUGUUGGGAAUAAGGAUGAUGUGGUGACUUUCAUUGAUGCAAAGACUCACCGUCCACGUGCUGAAGAGCAGUUCAAAUUUGAGGUCAACGAGAUUUCCUGGAACAAUGACAAUGAUAUGUUCUUUUUGACAAAUGGCAAUGGUUGCAUCAACAUUUUGAGCUAUCCUGAGCUGAAGCUUAUCCAAUCAAUUAAUGCCCAUCCAUCCAACUGUAUCUGUAUCAAAUUUGAUCCCACUGGAAAAUAUUUUGCUACUGGAAGUGCAGAUGCCUUGGUUAGUCUGUGGGAUGUCGAGGAGCUGGUGUGUGUUCGCUGUUUUUCUAGGUUAGACUGGCCAGUGAGAACCCUGAGUUUCAGUCAUGAUGGCAAAAUGUUGGCAUCAGCCUCUGAAGAUCACUUUAUUGACAUUGCUGAAGUAGAGACAGGGGAGAAGCUUUGGGAAGUGCAGUGCGAGUCUCCAACCUUCACUGUAGCCUGGCACCCAAAAAGGCCACUGCUGGCCUACGCCUGUGAUGAUAAGGAGGGCAAAUACGACAGCAAUCGGGAGGCAGGGACUGUGAAACUCUUUGGCCUUCCUAAUGACUCAUAAAGAGCUAAAUUAAACAUGAACAUGACUUUGUAACUCUUAAACCACCUGCUGUUUCUCUACAUGCCCAUUGCUUUUUUAAGAGGAGGAGAUAAUCCUCCUAAUGAUAGAUCAUUAACUGUUUAUUGGGACUGUUUUCUAAUAUAUCUUAGUUUUUUUAUUCAUCAGAGGUUCUUUUCACCUGUGUUAUGUCUGACAGCUACUUUGAAAAUCUGUAAAUAUGAAAUGUUGUGGCUUGUACAAAAACUGAUAGUCAUUAGUGUAACUUCUUUUACAGGCCUGUAUGUGUAUUUUGUCAUAUUUUUACGAAUAAUUGUGAAACGUCUCUUGUAGAUUAUAGGAUACUAUAUCAUUUUGGAAAAUAGACACUAGAGGGCAUCAUGGCCAUUUCCACAGUAGCACAGUUGCUGUAUGUUUUCCCACUGCAGGCAUUCCACUGUUUUUUUGGAUUGUUUUAGUAAACAUUUCUUAUAA